GGGGGCGGACGGGGGGCGGCGGUGUGGGAAGAGCGGGGCUGGCGGCUGCUGCCGCUGAGGUUAAACUGUGAAAAGCUCAGGACAACCGACCUUCAGCUGCCCUGAUGCUAUCAUCUGGGGUGGAACCUCUCCUUGAUUCUUCUGUGUCUGCUUUGACAAAGGAAUUGUACACUGGACUGCCAGAGGGCAUCUCCACUGAAUUUAUGGCUGUGUCGGAGCCUAAUGUUGGAUUAGAUGCAAAAUCGGAUGUGUUGACACCUGUGCUGGCACAAAGUGACAGUCAGUCAGCUGAGCAUCAUAGGACUUCUGGAGUAGAAAAGUUUUGUCAGAAGACGGAGGACUUGGCUGAAAGGCUGAAGGGGAUCCCGCAUGGGCCAGCAGAAUUGCUUACUGAAAAAUUACUAAAGGCUGCAGACCUUGAAGAGGAUGAAAAAAACAAAAAAAGAAACUUUAGGAUACUAGACUGCUCUGGUGAUGGAUACCAGAAAGAAAACAAAGAGGCACGAUGUGCUGAGGAGUGUCAUGCUGAGUGCUGUGCUCCAACUCCGGGGGAAAGUUGGUCAAAACAAGAGGACCCUCACUUAAACCAGCAUGAGGUGAAGUCUUUGAGAACUGGUUGCACUGAAAUAGCAGGAUCUCUGAAGAACAGAGAAGAAGACCAAGCAAAUGUUCAGGUGACAGCUGAAAGUCUGCCAAAGCUCACUGACGAAGUACAAGGUAUGAAGUCUGAUGGGACUAGGAUAUUUAGUAAAGCAGGAUACAGGAAUGACAGAGUGAGUAAAGGUCUUCCACCUGAGAGCAACGAAUGCCCAGAUGUAGACUCAGUCAUGGCCAGAGCUGGGGUUUUGGAAACCAGCAUGUUAGAUUUUUUAGAGCCUUUAAAAGUCCCAAAUGUUGAAUCAGCCACAGAUCAUACACAAGAAACAAAUGAAUAUAAUGGGUUGAAAGCCCUUAGUGCCAUGCCAUUGAGAACAGGGGGUAAUGUUGUAUCUCUUUCGGAGACUAGAGGAGAAAAAUUACCCAGACAAAAUCCUGUUAAUGAAUUGAGUACAUCACUUGCUAAUUGCCAGACUUGUCAGUGGGAUGAAGAAAACAAUGCUCGUGACUUCUGUACUGGUCCUGUACCUAAACAUAAUGAACUACAUAGAUUGUCAUCAGUAGAAAGCUGUAGAACACUCUCCACAAAAAGUUCUGAAGGCUUAUGUUCGGUUCUGAAAAGCAUCAGUUACCUGGACUUUAGAAACACACCACUAGAAAAUAGUACUGCAGCCCAUGGAAUUCUGAAUGAAACACCUGAAAAGCAUCUUCCCAAAAACACUGAAAGUCAGACUCAUUAUGAUCAUGGAACUGGGUUUGUAGAAAAUCGAACCUCUACAUCCAUACCAGUAGAGCAGAUCUUAGUGGUAAGGAGCGAAGGAUUAUCUAGCACUAAAAUUGAUCACAGGGAAGUAAGUGCUAGUAUAAGUAAAUCAUACAUCUCUGAAUUUGAAGAGGCUGCUGAAGUCCGGAGAAAAAUUGCAGUGGGAGAUAACGUUGAAGUUUGUAGCUGGCCUGAAGCUCAAGAGGGUGCUAAUUCUGAGCAUUGUCAUUCUUCAGUUUUUAGUUCUGUUGUUUCAUCACCCGAGGAGUUGUCAAAAGAAAAAUUUAAAAUGGUCCCAUCAGAAGGUGUUAAGUUGAAAAAGGACCAGUGGCAGUUCUCUGUCAGUGAUCUAUGCAAGGAUGAUGUAAAAGAAAACAGUCUAUUGAUGGAAACAGCCAACAUUGCUUCCCAUGAAAUUGGUCAGACAGACACACGUUUUUAUAAUACCUCCAGGAAAAUUUCUCCUCCCAGUACCCAUAGCUGUCUGGAUCUUAGUACCAAGCUAGAAAAAGAUUCAUCUGAGGCACAACUGCUUGAAAAGGAGUCUAAAAGUAAUACAUCAGAAGAGUUGGCUGGCAGUUUAGCUGAAACUACAGAAGCUAAUAGUAAUGAUAGUUUGUCCACUAGCAAAACUAAUUUGAUUUAUAUGCUAAAUGUAACUCUACCUCCUGUUGCACAAAACUCAAGAGAACUUCAUCAACACGAGUGUCCUCCUUGUACUGCUGCUGAGGUUUCAAACAGGGACAAGGGUUGGAAUAAUCUUUCUGGAAAAAAAUCAGUUGGUGCUUCUGGAAUAGCAGGGGAACAAGUUGCUGAAAUUGUGCUUCGUAAAGACAAAUUCAAGUCUUCAGUAAGUUCCAGGACUUUCGAUAAUCCUAAUAUGACAAGCAAAAUUUUCCAGAAGAACACGAAGUCUUCAGUGGGAGAGACAGAGAGUGUGGUCUCUGGUUUAGAAAGUGAACAUGGUGGCACGUGGAAUUGUAAUAAUCAAGACCAGUGUACAGCUGCCAGUACUUCCUGUGUUUUAUUAGGGAGUUCAUGUAUAGAUUAUGUUUUCCCAAACAGUCAUUCUUCUAACAUUGAGGUUGAUAAGAAGAUUGAAGAAAAUGAUGAUUUGGAAGGAGAAGUUUCAGGUGCAUAUAAUAGUAAAAAGUCAAUCAUCUGCCCAGAAGCCCGUUCCUCUUUGCUUUGUGGAUCUCUUCCUUGUGAAGAUGACUGGGGCAACAGAGGUGUAGAUCUGCAUGAGAUAAAUGACAUUUCCACAGCAAAAAACAUGUUUUGCUCAGCUUAUACUGCAGAGAAAUGUAUUGCUACCUCAGUAAGUGAUGAGAUUUCAAAUAAGAAUAUGGAGGUUGUGAAACAAUUUAAUAUUUGUGGAAUACCAGAUGGCAGUGAAAUUGAUUGUGACGGAGAUGAGGCAAAAGAACAUACCAGCAUGUGUGCUCUUCAGACAGAUGAAUUUGAUAAAAUAAGAACUGUGGAUUCUCCAAAGGCUCCUAAAGGCAAUUGGAGAAAUAAGGUGAGCGGCAAUCGGAGAAAUGAGUCUAGUGAACAGCUAUUAGGCAGAUAUUUGAACAAAAAAACCUGUGUUCAUAAUUCUGGAUUUUGCAGCUGUCCAUUAGGCCCAAAGAAGAGAGAGUUAGACACUUAUGAGAAGAAAGCAGUGUCAUCACUCACAGCUAAUCCCUCUGAGUUACGUAGCACUUUGAUCUGUGAUACAUGUCCAUUACUCAACAACAUGAAUAUUCAAGCACGACAUGCUAGCCAAACAGAAAAGAUCCUUUGUCCAAUGGAAGAUCAGUGUCUUGCAUGUCAGAGUGAGUUUGAUGGCCCAGAUCCAGGCAGCAAGCAACAUUUAGAAAGUUUAAACAACCAACCAAACACUGGCUUACAAACUACAGCUAGUUCUGUGGAAGAAACCAAAAUACCAAUUGGCUGCAGUCAAAGUGAAGAGAUGCUGUUAAAAACAAGUAAUGACCUGCCUCCAUUAGUUCGUAAAUAUGCACAACAAGACAGUUUUCCAGGAACUCUAAAAGGGAAUGUAAUGAAUUUGGACUCUUUCAGUUGUGUGAGAAAUGAAGACUGUUCAGGAUCAGGUUUCAUCGGUGAUCUAACUGAAGAGAAGGCAAUCAAAUUAAAAGAACAGGAGAAUGGAUGUGAAAGAGGAGAUAAAGGAAUUCUCAAAGAAAGCUUUUCUGAUAGCAAAUCACAUUGGGUACAGCAUGCUUGCUUUAUCAAAUGUGCAAAAGAGCAAGAAGAGCUAGAGCUUGCAGGGAACAAAAUGCAACAAUCUUUGCCAACGAAGUGGUUGGUGGAGGACCAGAAAAACAUAGUUAGUGCCCAAUUUUUGCCCUUCUCAUCAAUUCAUGGGAGUCUGUCAUGCAAGCCAGAAAAUAUGAAUGUGCUUUCAGAGACGGAAAACAAAAAAAGUCUGAGAAUAAAAUCUACCUUAAAUAACUCUUGCCCACAGUUAACAUUUGAGCCUGGUAAAGAAACUGAUGCUCAAAAGGGUAUUGGUCCAUCCCAUUUUGGAAAGUUGAUUGACAUCCAGGAUUCCUUCAAUGAGACUCAGGCGGAUUCAGAAACACCAUCAGCUCUGAACCUGGGAAUCUGUCAGCCUGAGAAAGAAAAGCUAUGUGUGUCAUCUGAGAAUACACAAAUAGAUAAUUGUGAUUCAUCUUCAGCCAAAGUUUUAAACAAAGAUUCUAAAGUGACAAAACCUCUUUCUGUAACAGUGUCUGUUAAGAGAAAAAACAGCAAUACUAAGAUUCCAUCUGCAGAGAAUGAAAUGGCAGCUAGCUUUUUGAAUGGUGCAAAAAGCUCAAGAGUUUGUGCACACAGCAAAGAAAGUCUGAGAGAUGAGGGGCAUAGCAUGGUAACUGUAAAAGACAUGGAUGUAACUGCAACAAAAAGUACUCACUGUGGAGAGAAGUUUAAGAACACAUAUGUGCAAGAGAAGAUGGGAAGAGAAGUAGCCCCUAGAAAAAAGUCACCUGUAGAUUCUUGUCUUGAUGGAGAAGAUUGUCAAUGGGCCUUGUUACAAGAUUCCAAAGAGUCUGGUAGCAAAAUUGACCCUCACAGUGCUGAGAAUUUUGGAAAUGUUUUGGAAAAAAUCACAAGAUCUAAUUUAUAUAAUCUUUCAAAAGAAAGAAAACAUGAUACAAAGCUCACAAACUUAGCGGGUACCAGUCUACUUUCAGAAACUGUGCAUGAUGGUCAAGCUGAAGGUGUGUCUGAUGCAGAAACCUCACCAGAAUUGCAGUAUAAUACAACACCCACAUUUUAUCCACAUACGAGAAUACUAUCAAACAGUUGCAAAGAACCAUUCCCAAACUGUGUGGUUUGCAGUGAAGUAUGUGUGCCUUACAAAUUAAAUGCACAGAGUCAAGAAAAUGUAAAGGAGAUUACAGAAGGCCAGGACACUAUACAGACUCAUUCAGUUUGCAAGGCAAAUGUGGCUUUAUCUUCAGAGAGACUUGACCAAAUAGAGACAUGUCAGGUACUUAAGCGAAAGAAGGAGUAUGAGAAGAUGGAAGUACAUCUGUCAGACAAGGCACAGCAGGAACAGAAGUCAGAAUAUCAAGGGAAAGCAAAAAUCACACUGCAACCAAGUAUGUUGCACAGUUUUGAACUCAUAUGCAGCUCUUCAAAUGAAUUGGUGACAUCAAGAAAUAAGGAGUUUGAAGGUCCUUCAGAGGACAUGUUUGCUGUCAAAAGCAGUGAAAAUAAACUAUGUAGCACUUUACAAGAGGUUAGAAGGCCAAAGAUUACCACAGAUAUUAUUAGUUCACAGUUUUUGAAGACUCGGGAUUCAGAAAUGGAAAACCUGAACCUUAAUUUAGGGUAUGUUGGAAGCCCUGGUGCCUUUGGAACUUUAAAUAAACUAAGAGGAUCUCUUCCACUAAAAAGACAGCCUGCAAGGGCAUGCAAGAAAGUUUCCACAUCAUAUCAGCUAAAAACCGUAAGAAAAAAAAAUAGUUCACUUUUUUUUGAGGUUCCCCCAGAAAUAUUGCCUAAGCAGGAAAACACACUUCUCAAAUCUUUGUACGUACCUUGUAAAUCAUCGACAAUGGAAAUGGAAACAGCCAUGAGAUUCAUGCAUAUGCCGAGGCAGAGGGCCGAGAGGUGCAGUUUGUUGAACAGCUUGAAAUUUAGAAAAUGUACCAAAGAACCAGCAUUGUUGAGCAAGCUGUCUGCAAUGGCUAGCAAACUCCUGGCACCUGCCAAAAGCAUCCAUAACUUAGAACCUCUGCCAUAUUCUUCUGAAAUUCUUCCAGCGAGUGAGAGGUACAGCCAACGUAGAUCUAAAAAUCUAUUGGAAGCCUUUUCUUGCAUUAACAGGAACUUACAAUCAUGCUGGGCUGACAGUUGGUGCACCAAGAUGUUCAGCUUUCAGUCUUUGGCACUUUAUCCUGUAGAAUCUACCAAAAUACUUUCUUCAGGCUUGAGCCACAAGCCUCCAACGUCUUUCUUGGAUACCCCAGUUUUCCCAAUUUCUGUUCACAUAAAAUUGGAAUCCAGUCCUGUGACAGACCUCACAGGGAUUAUAUCCCAGCACUCUGUACCUCACAAACUAGUUUUGCGAGAAAUGCCAGCACCACCUUCAAAAUUGACUUUCUCUUUUCUCCUGUCUCAGAGCUGUUCAAAUACAAGAGCUUUUAAGGAAGAUUCCAGUCUAAAUAAUGAGUUGCAUUCUCUCUCUGUAACAACUCCAAGGGCUGUUGCCCUUCAUCCUGACCAUGGAAGAAAUGCCAUAGCUGAAAGAAGAGGAGCUUGCUCCAUGCUUGGCCUUCACACAGUGUUAGCACUUUCUUCCCCUGGAUGUUACAGGAUUUGGACAAGAAAAAGAAACUUAAGCAGCCAUAUUCCUACCAUCCAGAGACUAUUUAUAUCACAAUUCACACAGGGUUUGAAAGGGGCAAGGUAUCCAACUUCUGUAUCAGAUGACCUCGUCUCUUCCUUGCCAUACUCAUUGGGCAGGGUACUAUCCAUAUGGAGUCAGCAUGGUCCUUCUGCCUGUCUCUCCGAAAUCACUCCUCUCCAUUCCAAUCACUGCAAGUGGCAGCCAGGCGUGGGCAUCGAGAACAGUUAUGCCAUGUUACCGCACUUACCUAUACAGAGUAUGGAAGCACUACAGACUGCAGGUCAUGAGAUAUGUCUGGAAGCUUCAUUCCCUCUUCCGUUACCAAAGUCCUGCUCACUUCCAGAAUCAUUGCCGUCUCCCCCCAGGCUUUCAGCAUCUGAGCUCCAGGUUCAUGCCCUUGAUAAAGCUGAUGCUUCUAUUCUUGCCUGUCUUAGAUCCCAAGAUGACACAGAACUGAAAAAAACUGAGCCAGAAAAGAGACCAAAGAAAGUCUCACAGAUCCGAAUCAGGAAAACUGUUCCUAAGCCGGACCCUAACCUUACUCCAAUGGGACUACCCAAACCAAAAAGGCUUAAGAAGAAAGACUUCAGUUUAGAAGAAAUUUAUACAAACAAGAACUAUAAGUCCCCUCCUCCAUCCAGGAGCUUGGAAACAAUCUUUGAAGAGCCCAAGGAGAGAAAUGGACACUUGAUCUCUGUCAGCCAGCAGAAGAGAAAGCGGAUUCUGGAGUUUCAGGACUUUACUCUUCCCCGGAAAAGGAAGACACGAGGCAAAAUCAAAGCAGUGGGUAGUUUCACCCGAGCAAAAAAAGCUGCACUGCAGAGUGUGGAAUUAGAUACUCUUUUGAGUCAGAAGCUAAUGGACCUUGAAGCCUUUUUUGCAAAGGAGGCUGAGCAGGAGCAGGCCUCUAGCAUCUGAGGGAGCCGUUUAGCUGAAAAUGGUCCAAUCAGCUCCUUCGGUAUUUUAUUCCUGUUGGGAGAAAUCUACUGACUUCUUCAUACAUUACUCUACCAGUCUGUCCUAACAUCCAGUCAUAAGUUUUUGGCUGUGGCCCUCUUUAAGGUGCUAUUUUUUGUUGGUGGUGGUUUUUUUUAAUGCUGUUGGAGGGAUUAUUUAGGUUCCUGUUUGAGUGUGACACAGCCACAUACAAUGUACCAUUCUUUCCCCAGCCUCUGGAAAUUACUGCUAAUGUUUAAUUAUGUUUAAACAUCUUUUUGGGGUAGAGUAGGAGUGUAAAGGAGGAAGUAGUGCACCUUCAGUGAUGCUAGAACUCUGUACUCCAGAUUGUUUGCACAUUUGAGUCUGCUGUUGUUACUGUAGUGGCUGUUUUGAAUAACCUGACAGAAGAGAUAUGGUGUUUGAUAAAGAUGAACUCUAGCAAACACAUUCUUGAUACACCACUAACUUUUUAAUAAUUAAAAGUAGCUAUCUAGGUUUACUUUCAAUUGUUUCUUCCUUCUGUUAACUUAGAAGGUUCCCUCUGAGUUUCUGUGCCCUUCCUGGCUUUGGGCAGCAGAAGCCCUACAUUAACUAGACAUUAAAUAACUUGCACUUUGUAUAUGUUUCUUUAUUUGCUGCAUGAGGACACCUUUUAACAUGAUUGAGCUCAAAAAAAGGUAAUAUUUUAAGAAAAAGUUAUGCUCAGUACUAAUUUUUCCCAAAUAAUAGUUUUUACCUACUUGUCUGAUGCCAACCUCUUCUCCAGAGGAGAAGCCCAGGAGGAUUUUAAGCUGCAGGAUAUGCAGGUAGAGGUCUUUGUUUAAUUGAGCUGAGCUGUUGCAUGCAGGAAACACCAGCAAAAUCUUAAGACUCAUUUUUAAGUUAUUUGAAUUCCAUUAAAAAUAUCAACUUGAUUUUAACACCGACAAAAAUACCCUUAAGAUGGAAAAAAAUUAUUUUCUUACCAUUUUAGAUUUAAAAUUCAUGUAGCUUAGAAUCAAAUACACUCUGUACAGCACUGUUGUACAUAAUAGCUAGUGUUGUACAAAAAGCCUCAUAGCAUGUGGAAUUAUCUUUUUUUUCAUUAUGUAAUGUAAUUAUCUGAUGCAGCACUGGGCAAUUUCUUAGCUAUACCUUUUGAGGGAAGAGAGCUCCCUUUUGGGUUGUUAAAUUUACUUGAAGCAUAAUUAAAAAUGAAUGCUAGCUGCAGUUCAGGUAAUUUCUGUCCUUUAGUGCCUAUAGAAGUUAUUCAGGCAAAGCUGUCAUUGCUGGGAUGCUCAAAUUUAAUUAGUCUGUUAUUUCUUUCACUUGUCACUUGAAACUUGCACUUUCUUACCUACCCAUAUAAUAGAAUUUCUAUUUACCUUCAAAAUGAGCAAAUAUCUAGUGGGUGGGUAUUUUUAAUAAACUUCCAAUAAAUGCAGGACUGAAAAUACCUUCAUUAUUUUCUGUUGCUCUGCCACUUCUGUUACUGACCAAACAGAAAACUAAAAAUAACAAGCAAUCUAUUGAAUUCCAGAGCUUUGAAAGUAGAGGAAUGGGAGAGGAUUAUUACAUACACUGUGUGUGCCUGAAUCUUGAAAGAAAUGUAAUCUGGGCUUGUUUUGCUCCCAGUUUAUGUGCCGGGAUUCCUAGAAGUUUACAUUCCUGUUUUGGAGGCUAGUUAUCUUUAAUCAGGAAGACUGAAGAAAAGGGAGGAGUGCACACUUAAAAUAGUCGUGUUUGGGUUUUGACAGUAAAAUAACAAGGCAGACAAACUUUGAACAUACUGACAUAAUAUUUCAGCAGCAAGGUCUGGUUAACCUAUUUGAGCUGCUAUAGAACAUUUUAAUUGAUACUCUUUAUUUUUAUAAAAAGAAAUCCCUAAAAAGCAAAGGUUGUCUGCCUUUUAAAAAAUGAUUGAAACUUUCCCUAUACUGGUUUAUUAGCCCAAUUAUUGACUGGUUGGAAGCUGUAGCAAAAGUGAGAUAUAUAUAUAUUUUUAUGGUUUUAUGCUAUAGAAUGGGAUUGUUACACAGCAUUGAUUCACCUUCUAUUAACACAGGAGGCUUCUAGUGCUGUGACACAAUUGAGCUGUAACCUUACAGGGGCUUUUAAGGAAACAAGGGUAUGGGUGGGAAGGGAUGAAACUGGAGUCCAGGCAACAAUGUGCUUUGAAACAUGGAAUGUGUUGGGUUUUCCUUUAGGUUGUGGGGUUCUUUUGGGUUUGGGUGGGUGGGUUUUUUUUUUUGUCUGCUUCCCUGCUCUGUCUUGUUUCCGAUUGCUUUGAAAUAACAUUUCUUAGCUUUCUUUUUAACAGCUACAGCAGAGAGAGCAGAGCAAAGAAAACACCCAAUUCUCUCUUGUUUACAAUUAAUUGGAGGAGUUAAAAAAUUAUGUUGCAGUUGCCUAGCUUGUCCCAGACCUUAGUUUGGGGAAACACAAAUAUACAGCGUUAUUCUGUUUUGGGUUAGUAUUUGUAAUGAUGAUAGAGACAUAAGCUCAUUGAGACAAAGCAUCACUUCCCCUGCUUCAGCAUAUAGAUGUCUGUCACGCUUGUGCAAUUUUGCUUUUUUCCUUUCCCACCUCUGUUCCUGUUUACAGCACUUGUGGAACAGCCUUGUUCCUUGUGGCUACUGCUCGUACACUGGGAGUGAUGACUGUGCAAAAGUAUUGCCAUUCUGAGCUGCUUCUAUCUCAGAUACUUGAAAUAAGAAAGUAUAGAGGAUAGAUCUUUGGGGAUCUUGCAUACAUCCCCAGCUGAAGGAUAUGUACAGUUGCCUUUUCAUAAAGUGAGCCCACUCCAGUGAGGGUUUUUGAAGUCAUUGAAUAUACUGCUCACAGAAAUAUGACUAGAGCAGCUUGAGAAGAGUUGCAAAGCUUUUGUCAUGUACUGUCUCUUAGAAAUAAAUUUUGCAGAGCCAGGCAGCGCUUUGCUAAAUUUGUUGAUUAUGGGAGGCAGGAAGAUCACUUCCAAAAACAAUUUUUUUUUUUCAUCAUGCUACAACUGGAGCAGCUAAGGUUACUUAGUGUAUGUUACAGCAUUUGCCUGGCUGGUCUUGUGGCUGCAUACAUUUGAGUUUUGAUGCUUGCUGGGUAUGACUUUCUGCAGGCAGUUCUCAUUUAAUGUAUUUAAUUUGUGGUGGGCCUUCAGUAUGUUGUUCCAGGUGCUCUUCUAGAAUAUGGAUGGUAACUGUGGAUUAAAAGUCUAUAUGAUGCUAUCAAGCUAACAAAUAGCUCAAUGAGAAUUUGUAUGCUUGUGCCAUUAGCCUCCAUCAUGCUUUUGGCAUUUUGUUUCUAUUCAAUAUUGUGUGAAUCUAAAAUUUUACUGUUUCUUUUGUGUGUGUUUUUAAUUUAUGGAAAUAAACUUUUCUGAGAACCUUUCA